AACAUGAGUUUACGCAGACCCGGAAAUAAUGGCUGACCUGGGAGCAAUUCGUGAGGCCAGACGGCAAAGAAUCCUUCAAGGCUCCAAAAAUAGGAUGAACAGGGUUUUGGGAAAACCAGAACAUGAAACCAAUGAUGACCCAAAUGAGCAGCUGGUUGCUGAAGUAGAAAAUGUAGAAACAAGACCGGAAGUAGAUGUAGACAAUACUGGGACAACACUUAGACAACGCUCUUCUCACACAGAAACUGCACAUGAUGGUGGCUUAGAGUAUACAUCCAGACAUAGUAGAAACACUGUGAAAAUUUCUCCAAUUAAGAAGCCAGAUCGUGUUCACAAUGACUCUGCAUCUUUAAAUGAAUCUCUAAAUUCUAGUCGCAGCAGCUCGGAUGCUAAAAUGAUGCUGAAACAUUUUGAAUUUUUGAGAAUUGUGUUGUGUGUAAUGGUUGCAUAUUUGUGUAGAAGAGUUUUAUCAUCUGGCUAUGGUAUAUUGUAUUUUCAGUCUGUUGUGUUGCCUUUUGCCUGUAUGGAAGCUUCAUUCUUUAUGUUCAAACAUAAAAUGUUGCAUAAUGUGAUGUUACCACACAAGUCAUCAAUGUUGAUAGGGAUGUUGAUGUUAUGUGGCAUCAAGCCAGCUAUUCUACAGACAUACAACAAGUUAAUGGGCUAUGUUACUGCUGCCACUGAAGACUUUGCUCUCUUUUUCUUCGCUUUUAUGAUGGCUAACACCUUCAUAUCAUGAACAGAAGUGUCAACAUCAACAGGAUUUAUAGUCUCAUGGGGACUGUCAGCUGCUUGAGAGUGCCAAAUAAAGCUCUCUUUUGUAUGGAAAGGUUUUAUCGGAGACAAAAUCUUAAAGUUACUGAUAGCACAGCUGUCCAAUAAAUUAAUGUGUAAAGAAUUAAAUGAAAAUUUUAAUUAUUGAUGUGAAACAAUUUGUGAAGUAAUCAGAAAGCAAUUACCUGUAAAUCCACUUUUUACAGUAGUUUUAUGCUUUAGUUAGUAAUAAAACAUACUGUUUGUCUUUAAAUUUUUGAGUAGGUAUGAAAACAAUAAUUUUGUGUUUUCUUACUACACAUGACUGAUUUAAAAUCUCUAGGUCCAUCAAAGAUUUUCUUUCAGUGAGUUUGGUUACUUCUGUACUUUUCACAUAAAAUGCUUCUUUUCAAUCUUUCUUAAUACCAUUAUUUCACAUUAUUUCUGAUACAAGCAUCUUAAGGAAUAUUUUCAUCAUGAUUAUUUAAUCUUACGAACAAAACUGUGCUUCCAUUCUUACUUUUCAUGAUAGAUCUUCAGUAUGGCACCUGUUGUCCGAGUCUCCUACAGAGUGGUCUCCCCUUACAAUAAAGCACAAAUAUUUUUAUCAGGAUUUUGAUAUGUAUCAGUUUCUUUUUUUUUAUAUUAGAUUUAAGUAUUUUUCAGGGCUAAUAUGGGUGAUAUACUGAAAAAUCAAAUCAAGAAUAAGAAAAAACAUUUGAAUUACUUUUUAAUUUUUAUGUUCACAUUUGUGACAGCAUUGAUUAAUGUAGAGUUAGGGGAGGUAAAUCACUUCGGGUGUCUACCCUUUUCCAUGAUUGGUUGUAUGCAUGAUAUUAACAGUACCUU